GGGAAGGUGUAGUGUGUAGGUACCUAGGUAGAUUAAGUAAAGGGUAUUGUCAUUGUCAUUGCCAUUGCCAGUAGCUUUAAACUCAUGUAUACUAGUGCUCCUUCCCAUAUAUGCGCUCGCCAAUAUCAUACAAGUACAUGUAUAUAGGUAUGUAUUAAUACCAACAUUGAACAUUCAAGUUACAUCAAUUCUCUACCUCAGUCACAAUGCAACAACCAGGUCACCGCAGGCUCUCGACGCCUAUUCAAGAUCUACAUAUCCCAUCUUCUAAUUCAUAUAGGCCCCAUUUCGGAUAUCCUCGAAAUCCCCUUCCUCUUCCGGCAGCAUAUGGUUACCUUCCUCAACCAAUAUGGUCUCAGGAAUACCACCCUCUGCCAGGAGGUCCUCGAGCCAUACCCUUGCGAAUGCAGAGGGCCACUGUGAAUAGGGUUGGAGCACAUCAAAUGCCUAUCCCAUCAUUACAGCUAUCGUCAAACCGGCCUUAUUCAGUCCCUGUCUACCUAAAUCACCGUACCCAUAGCGACAGCUAUAGUAGCUUCACUCAUCCACCUAGACCAGCCACAUCUUUGGACUUAGAUAGCGUUGACAAAUCAGUCCCCCCCCAUACCACCCAAUUCCCACAACAUGGGGCGGCUCAGAAUCCCGAAAAUGAUAUCUCCUUACACGCCACUACCCCAGCGGAUACAGAGCUCUCAAAGGGAACACUUAGAACCACACGCCCCGUUGCCAACCGUGGUUCCCGAAAAAUACCACCGCUGAGCGCUAGCACGGCGGAAGGAAGCCGGCGGGAAUUAAGCCCAGCUGUUGUCCUAUCUGAGCAACGAACAUUAGGGUUUUUAGGAGGUCAGAAAAGAACGACUAGCCAUGUUAUCGAAAAAUCCAAUUCCUCAAAGAGGAUUAAAUUCAAUGUGAUUCGAACCCAAUCUCAAACGGUCGGCACCCCUAGGACGUCCAAGAAAGCGCCCUUGACGAACACCUCUGACACACGACCAGCUCAGACUCCUGAAACGAAUUCCACGGACAAUAAUACCACCACGGAGGAAAUCAAUCAACCCCUCAAAGAAUCUGACGUCAAAAGGACUACGGCGCAAUAUCUAACCACCAUGGUAGACAAUACUGGCCCCAUGCUAGUGUCAAAUAAACUGGCGAAUCCCAAGGCAGCAGAUGCUCCGAAGCCUAAUCCAUACGAUAUUAUCAACGAAACCGACCUACUUGAAAACUCUCGAAGCGUCAGAGCCUUAGGCGAUGUACAAAGCGCAAGGGGCUUUAGGACGACUGAUAUCUCCACCGAUGUUAACAAUCGGAAUUUGAAUACGGCAUAUGAUCAAUAUACUAGUGUAGCUACUCAAUGUGGCAUACCCCCCAACGUUAUCGUAUCAAGUGAGAUCCAGAUAGAAUCAGGAAAACUUUCUAACGAUAUCCAUUCACACAAUAUACACUAUAAGGCCAUCGCUACUACUAGCGACGAGAAAGGGGGGAUAUACUCCAGUGAGAAUCUAGACAUUCAGUUUUCAAGAAUUGAGGAAUUGUUAUGUAGCCAGAAUAGAGUUGGUAUAGACAAAUUCAUUACCAUAAAGCUCAACUCAGGAGGCAUCAACGUCUUACAGACGCUCACGAACGAACUACUCCUAGGCAUAGCUGUACGGGAUGUCGAGUUGCUAGAGAAGAUAGCCAGGAUCAUGUAAGUGCUCUAGGUCACGGGGCCAGGAUAUAUCCAGGUGAUACAUAAUAGGUUCAAGAUAGCCGUCUAUGGGAGAAAGGAGCGGAGGGGCAGGUUACGUUUGCUUUCUAAACGAGCUACUGAGAUGAACGAAUCGCUCGGCC